AUGGAAGCUCUUCCAGGUUUUUCUCAUAAUUUUAAACAUGGGGAAGUGUGUAGGUUGAAAAAGUCCUUAUAUGGGCUUAAACAGUCACCUAGAGCUUGGUUUGGAAGGUUUACUUUUGCCAUGAAGAAAUAUGGAUAUCAACAAAGAAAUGAUGAAAAUGAAAUGAACAAACUAAAAACAGCUUUGUUUGCAGAAUUUGAGAUGAAGGAUUUGGGAGAUCUGAAGUAUUUUCUUGGAAUAGAAGUUUCAAGAUCCAAACAUGGAAUUUUUAUAUGUCAGAAGAAGUAUAUUCUGGAUCUUCUAGCUGAAACAGGAAUGAUUGAUUGCAAACCAGCAGAUACACCAAUGGUCAUCAAUCAGAAGUUAUUUGUGAAGACAAAAGCUAAAGCUGCUGAUAAAGAUAGAUAUCAAAGUUUGGUGGGGAAACUUAUUUAUCUGGCUCAUACUCGUCCAGACAUAGCAUAUGCUGUUGGUGUGGUAAGUCAGUUUAUGCAUCAACUUCAAGAAGACCAUAUGGGUGCAGUUUUACGAAUUAUAAGGUAUCUUAAGGGGACUUCAGAUCAUGGAGUGUUAUUGAAAGCUAAUGGUCAUCUCAAGGUUCAGAUAUAUACAGAUGCAGAUUGGGCAGGAGAUAAAGGUAAUCGAAGGUCAACUUCUGGUUAUUUUUCAAUGAUUGGUGGUAAUUUGGUUACAUGGAAAAGUAAAAAACAAAAAGUUGUUUCCUUAUCAAGUGCUGAAGUAGAAUUUAGAGGCAUAGCUAGAGGGUUAGCUGAAGCAUUGUGGUUGAGAAAGCUUGUGACUGAAAUAGGUUUUGCUCCUAAAGAAAGCAUUCGAAUAAUGAGUGAUAAUGAAGUUGCUAUCCAGAUCUCAUAA